AUGUUAGAAAUGAUGCAAUAUCAGUAGCUAGUCUAUGGGAAAACUUUUAAAUUAAUAAAAUUAAUAAAGAACUUUUAAGUGAACUUAAUGAAGACGAGAAACAAUAUUUAAAUAUCGAAUAAUUAAAUUAUGAACAAGCCUAAUAAUUAUAAAAAAGAAUAAAAUAAUAUGAAUGGAAUUUUGGAUAUUUACCGGCAAAUAAAAAUGCAAAUAAGCAAAGAAAAAUAGUCGUCACAAUUUAAAAUGUUGGUGGUACUGAUAUAGAAUAUAAUUUUAAAUUACCGUCAGACAAUUAAAUAUAAGUAGAACCAUGGGCAGAUCCUGGUGAACCUGAUGAAUUUGAAGCCUUUGAGAAAACAAUUGUUGAGAGAUAGAUAUUUUAAAUAAGACCUAGAAACGGUAUAUUAAAAAAAGGUGAACUUAAGGAUAUUGAGCUUAUUUAUAAUCCAAGUAAUGGCGAAGAAUAAGAUUUUUAUUUAAAAACUAAAUAUAAACAGAAUAAUUUACAUGGAUAAAAACAUUUUUUGA